AUGCGGCUCGGACUGGCUCUUUGCUCUGGCGGUCUGGCAGGUUGGGCACAAACACUUUGCUCGGUGGCGGUCUUUGCAGACGCUUAUGCUCAGGCGGAACCAGCUGGAUCAGGUUCGGAUCGUGUGUCAGCGGUUCUCUUUACCGUGAUUCCUGGUGUGCUGAUACCAAGUCGACAGCAGAUGGAGGAGACAUAUGACUAUUCAAACGAAAGUCCAUCCCUCCAAAGCAUUCAGGAGUUAUUAUCCAUGCAGGGAGUUGCACCCAAGGGAGCUACCCAUACCUUCGGAGAGCUCUUGGACAAUGUUUCGUGUCCGUCACAGCUUCAUAUCCACGGAGACAGGAUUCAUGAGCGGCUUGCUAAGCCUCCAGCUCGUCAUCACCCUGCGUCCUCUUAG